CAUGUGCAUGGGUGUUUGCUGAGCAAGUGCGAAGAGUGUGUGUGAGGAGAAGCACUAUUCCAUCAAAUCUGUGAAAUCGCAUUUGACAUACACUGCUUUAAUGGAGACCUUCUUCAGACAACAGAGACUCAAACAUACUCACAAAUCCAUCUUAAAGAACAAGUAUGAGAAUUUAUUUGAGGGAAUCAAACUACAGAAGAACAAAACCCUCCUGAACAGAAUUUACACACAACUGUACAUCAUAGAGGGAGAGAGUGGAGGAGUGAAUGAAGAACAUGAGGUUUUACAGAUGGAGAAAACACCCAGAACACAACAAUUACAAGACACAAGAAUUUACUGCAACAACAUCUUUAAACCUUUACCUGAAUCAGAAUACAAAACAGAGAAGAGAAGAGAGAAGAAGACAAAAAUAAAGAGUGUUCUUACUCAAGGCAUCGCUGGAAUUGGAAAAACCGUUUCUGUGCAGAAGUUCAUUCUGGAUUGGGCUGAAGGAAAAACAAAUCAAGAUAUAGACUUCAUGUUUGUGCUUCCAUUUAGAGAGCUGAACUUGAUUCAAGAUGAUCAGUACAGUCUUCACAAACUUCUGCUUGACUUUCAUCCUGAACUUCAAGAUCUGGACUCAAAGGUUUAUGGUGAGUGUAAAAUUGUGUUCAUCUUUGAUGGUCUGGAUGAAAGCAGAAUAACACUGAUGUUUUCUCACAAUGAGAAAGUUUCUGAUGUAACUCAGGCUUCAUCAGUGGGUGUGUUGAUGUCAAACCUGAUCAAAGGAGAUCUGCUUCCCUCUGCUCACAUCUGGAUCACCUCCAGACCAGCAGCAGCCAGUCAGAUCCCAUCUAAAUACAUCAACCGUCUGACAGAAAUCCAGGGAUUCAAUGAUCCACAGAAAGAGGAAUAUUUCAGGAAGAGAAUCAGUGAUGAACAUCAAGCCAGCAGAAUCAUCUCACACAUUAAAAAAACAAGAAGUCUCCACAUCAUGUGUCACAUACCAGUCUUCUGCUGGAUUUCAUCCACUGUGCUUCAAAACAUCCUAAAACAAGAUCACACAACAGAAAUCCCCAAAACUCUGACUGAAAUGUACAUUCAUUUCCUGCUGAUUCAGAUGAAUAUAAAGAAUGAGAAGUAUGAUGAGAGAGAUCCACAGAAACUCUUGCAGUCUAACAGAGAAAUGAUUGUCAAACUGUCUGAACUGGCUUUCAAACAGCUGAUGAAGAGUAAUGUGAUGUUUUAUGAGGAGGAGCUGAGAGAUUGUGGGAUAGACAUCACUGAUGCCUCAGUGUAUUCUGGGAUCUGUACUGAGAUCUUUAAGGAGGAAUCUGUGAUUCAUCAGAGGAAAAUUUACUGCUUCAUACAUCUCAGCUUUCAGGAGUUUCUGGCUGCUUUCUAUGUGUUUUAUUCCCAUUUAGCUAAGAACACAGAAUCACUGCAGUUGUUUCUUGGAUAUAAAUAUGUGAUAUAUAAGUCUGAGGACAGCUCUCUGUUUCAGUUACUAACAUCAGCAGUUUUUAAAAGCCUUGGAAGUAGAAUCGGACAUCUGGAUCUUUUCCUGCGAUUCCUGCUGGGCAUCUCACUGGAAUCCAAUCAGAGACUCUUACAGGAUCUACUGACACACACAGAGGAGAGUUCGGAGAGCAUCAAGAAAACCACAAAUUACAUUAAAGACAAAAUCAAUGAUGAUUAUUGUCUGUUACCCAAAAGAUCCAUCAGUCUGCUCCUCUGUCUGCUUGAAAUGAAGGUUCAGUCUCUGCAAAGAGAUAUUCAAGAGUUUUUGCCAUCACAGACACUCUCUGCUGCUCACUGUUCAGCAAUAACCUACAUGAUUCAAAUGUCUGAGGAAGUGCUAGAUGAGCUGGACCUAAAAAAAUACAACACAACACAGGAGGGUAGAAGAAGACUUGUACCAGCUGUGAUUAACUGCAGAAAAGCAUUACUUGCAGGUUGUUGUCUCACUGAUGAAUGCUGUCAAAGUUUGGCUUCAGCUCUAGAGUCAUCCAACUCACCCCUGAGAAAGCUGGACCUGAGUUAUAAUAACCUUAAGGAUUUCAGAGUCAACAGUGCACACUAUCAGCUGGGAAAUCUAAGACUGAAGCUGCUAUUUGAUGGACUGAAAAAUCCAAACUGUAAACUGGAGAUUCUGAGAUUGUCCAGCUGUAAUCUCACUUAUCAUUCCUGUGAAGGCUUGGCUUCAGCUCUAAAAUCCUCAAACUCUUCCCUGAAAGAAUUGGACUUGAGUAAUAAUGACUUGCAGGAUUCAGGAGUAAAGCUCAUCUCUGAAGGACUAAGGAGCCCAAACUGUCAGCUAGGGAUACUGAGAUUAUCUGGCUGUAUGGUGACAGAGGAAGGUUGUAUUGCUCUUGCUUUAGCUUUGAGAUCAAACCCAUCACACCUGAGAGAGUUGGAUCUGAGCUACAAUCACCCAGGAGAUUCAGGAAUAAAGCUGCUUUCUGAUCUGUUGGAGGAUCCACACUAUAAACUGGAGAUACUCAAUGUGACUUAUGCUGGAGAGAUCAUGAUCACAGCAGGACUACGCAAGUACACUUGUGAUCUCACACUGGAUCCAAACACAGUAAAUCCUCAUCUCUGUCUGUCUGAGGAGAACAGGAAGGUGACACGUUUGGACAAGGAGCGAGAAUCAUAUCCCGAUCAUCCAAAAAGAUUUGAUUAUUGGCCUCAGGUUAUGUGUAAAGAGAUUCUGACUGAACGCUGUUAUUGGGAAGUUGAAUGGAGCGGCUGUAGAGGUGCUGUUAUAUCAGUGAUGGAUAAAGAAAUAAGCCGGAGAGGAGCAGAUGAUGGAUGUAGAUUUGGAUUCAAUGAAAAGUCUUGGAGUCUUGACUGUUCCGAUUACAGAUUCACUGUUUGGCACAAUAAAAACAGCAUUGAUGUCGCCUCUCCUUUAAUCGCUUCUAAAAGAGUGGGAGUGUAUCUGGACUGUCCGGCCGGCACUCUUUCUUUCUACAGCGUCUCGAAGAAGCUCACACACUUACACACUUUUAACUCCACAUUCACAGAACCUCUGUGUGCUGGAUUCAGGAUUUAUACUGACUCCUCUGUGUCUCUGUGCUGUACUAAACAGCCUUCAAACAAGACACACAAGGGUCCAGAGUCAUAAGUUUUGGAAUUUGGUUAAAAGAGCAAGAUGAUGAUUCUGCAUUGAAUUGUAGGUUACCAAUAAAACCUUAUCCAAUCUGUAACAGCCGAUGGAUCAAUGAAUCAAUGCUUCUACAUGAUUUCAGGAAAACAUGUAUGACAUAUUUAAAAGACAAAACAACUCAAAAUGCAUAAGAACACAAACAUAUGCCUUAAAUAAUUAAUUUAUUUACGAUGUCCUUGGUCUUUUAAAGUCCACACUGUAUUGUACCGAAGAGGAGAGGGGGUAUGCGUACCAUCCAUCCUGGAUCCUGGAUGUAUAUUCAUUGCAUGCGUUCAGGAUGUUAACUCAUGAGAGAUGUUUGGGAUACAUUUGGCGAAACCCAUGUCGACCUGUUUGCUUCACCGGACAACACCCUUUGCCCGCUAUGGUUUGCCUUGGCUGAGGGUCCCCUCAUCAGGGAUGCUUUAAUGCAUACCUGGCCACAUAACAUGAGGAAGUAUUCCUUCCCCCCAGUGAGCCACUUUGGCCCAAUGAAACCUAGUUUUCUGAGCUCUCGCUUCUAGGGACCACCCCUCCCUGGGAAUUUCUGUCUCAGGGGCAGGGCACAAUCUGGCACCUGAGGCCAGACCUCUGGAAUCUCCAUAUCUGCCUCCUGGAUGGAAAUAGCAUCACCUAAGACCAUCGCCCAGGCUAGAUCCCCAUCCACCAGGCAGCUCUAUCCCCUUAAAUGGCAUAUUUUCUCAUCCUUGUGUUCUUCCCGCUGUCCUUUCUUCAAGAGGGAUUAGAGAAACAUAUCUUGUUGUUUUUGUUUAUUUUACUGUAUGCGCUUUGGGUUUAAGAAAAGUGCUUUCAAAUAAAAUGCAUUAUUAUUAUUAUUAUUAUUAUUAUUACUAUUAUCCAUCGACCCUCAAGGUGGCUGCUAUUGCGGCCCAUCACCUUCAUGUUGAGAGUCGAUCACUGGGACAGCAUGAUCUGAUUAUUAUGUUCCUAAGAGGCGUGAGGAGUUAAAUCUGCGCCUCAUCCCCUCUUGGUGGUCCUCUCAUGCCUAAAGCUGGCCUCUUUUAAGCUGGUCUUCCUCACCUCAAGAUGAAGACUGCUUUCCUGGUGGCACUCAUCUCUAUCAAGAGGAUGGGGGACCUGCAGGCACUCUCUGUCUCCCACAAGGGCCUGGAGUUUGUGCCGGGUGACUCUCACGUUGUCCUGAGACCUUGGCCUGUCUAAUUGCCCAAGGCUCCCACCAAUCCCUUUAAGGAUCAGGUGGUGAACUUGCAGGGGCUUCCCUCUGGGGGAAAAGACCCAACUCUGUUGUUGCUGUGUCUGUUAAGCGCACUUUGCCUUUACCUUGAACACACUCAAAAUAUUAGAACUUCUGUGUUUCUCCUUCAUCGCACGUUCGUUGUGAUUUCUCCCGGGAGAUCAUUGCCAUGUUUUGCCUGGCUCCAGUUUAGCAUUAUGUUAGUUUUCUUGCCUUGUCAAGUGUUUGUUUUUUUUACUGUGGUUUGGCUAUCAGGACUUUGUUGAGUCGUGUGUGAUACACCCGGUCGAGUUCCUCUCUCUUCAUCCAGGUGGAUGCUGCACAUUGGUGGUGGUUGAGGAGAUUCCCCCGUUCAUAUGUAAAGCGCUUUGAGUACUGAGAAAAGCGCUAUAUAAAUGUAAGGAAUUAUUAUUAUUAUUAUAUCUGUGGAUUACUCAAGUUCCGCUCUCCAUAUAUUUUGGAUUACAUCCUUCUGUGGACUUUGCCUUCCCUCAGAGAGCAGUCUCCUGUGAUUGCCAGUGGGUUCAUCAGACAGUGGUUUUGCAGUGGAUUAUUUUGUGGAUUACUUAUUGUGGAUUCUCUGUUUCGCUCUUUCUCUCAAAUUACGCCGUCGGUGAGCCUUGUCUUUAGGCUCGAGCUGAUGGACUUUCAUGACUGUGCUAAGAGAAAUCCUCAGUGAUAUAUAUUGACUUCUACAGUUACGCCGUCGGUGUACCUCGUCUCUAGGCAGGAGCUGAUGGACUUUGUGACUGUGACCACUGAGAAUAUCAUUGAGAUAUUAUAUGACUCCUCACUUAACAAUACCAUUCUAUGCCUGAUUGUGUAAAUUUAGGCCCUCAUGCCAUAUCAGAUUAAAUGGGGUUUUUUUUUUAAUCUAUGAAACAUGCAUACAUUUUGCCUCUGUUUUUAUGAUGAACAUGCUGAUUGACUAGCGUCUGUAGUGUGUAAAUGUAGUUGGUGGUUUAGUGAUUUGGUAGAAAUCCAAACUGACUUUUACUCAAGACUUGUGUUUGGUAAAGAAAACCUAAAUCCAACCAUUAAGAAGUAUUUAACAGAAAGUCUUCCCUAGAUUACUGUUCACACAAAUGCUUUGGUAACUAUUGGUGUCACAUUUGCCUCCACUUUCGUAUUCACGCUUUUUUCAAACACAGGUGAUGUGACAUAUUUCGGAUUUUUUUUGCAAGACUUCCAUUUUAAUAGCUGGCCUGUAAAAAACAAUGUCGUUAGAGCAAUGUCGUUAUGAACAAAACAUGAUUAAAAACAGUUAUGGUAAAUAUAUACUACACCUGCCAUGUAUAAUCCAGUGGAAGGAUGAAAUUAAGAAAUGGCCUGAUACAUUGUUAACUAUUUUGUGUUGUUGCUCGGGGUUGACGGGUCUUUGAUGUGCAUCUAUAAAAGCAUAAAGCCAUACCAGUAUCUGUACAGUGGAAAGCUAGUUGAGUGUUUGUACAUGAAAGGAAUUUGUGUUUUUACCUUUUUCAUGCAUAUGUUUAAAAUGUGACAACUGUACCCCUGGAGUGAGUUUUUAUAAAAGGGCAUUUUUAAUUGA